AUGCGCGGCAACGUCGACCUCAUGCUGGUGGGGAACCAGAGCGACCGCCGCCGCCUCGGGGCCGAGCCCACCGACGAGGCUCCAGCCUUUGCGGAGAAGAACAUCUCCGUGCUGUGCCUGCUGCCCCAGUCGGCGUUGGCGCGGUGGGCGUGCGUCCGGGCCUGCCCGCCGUCCUGCUCCUGCACGCAGGAGAAGAGCUGCAGCGUGCUGUGCGACCGCGCCGGCCUGGCCGAGCUGCCCAGAGAGUUCCCCUGUGAGGCGUCCGCCAUCAACCUGGAGAAGAACCGGCUCAAGUUCCUGUCGGAGCGGGCCUUCGGGACCCUGCCCUCGCUCAAGUCUCUGUCUCUGGACCACAACAACAUCUCCUUCAUCACCCCGGGAGCUUUCAAGGGCCUCUCGAACCUGCUGGAGCUGAAAAUGGCCCACAACGAGUACAUCAGCUACCUGCACACCCGGACGUUCACAGGGCUGAAGAAGCUGCAGCGGCUGGACCUGUCCGACUGCAACCUCUUCAGCAUCCCUGACCGCGUCUUCAUCGAGCAGACCGCCAUGACGGAGCUGCUGUGCUUCCAGAACAACUUCCGCAGGAUCCCAGGGGCCAUCCGGGGCAUGGAGAACCUGACGCACAUCUACCUGGAGAGGAACAAGAUCGAGGCGGUGGCCUACAACUCGCUGCUGGGCCUGGGGAGCCUCAGGUACCUGAACCUCCAGGAGAACCGGAUCAAUGUGAUCCAUGACAACGCCUUCCAGGACCUGGUGCGGCUGGAGAACUUCUACCUCAACGACAACCUGCUGUCCGACCUGCCCCGGCUCGCCUUCAAGGGGCUCAGCCGCCUCAAGAUGCUCAACCUCGGGGGCAACCAGCUGAUCAACGUGUCCAAGACGUGGUUCGGUGACUUGGCGGAGCUGGAGGUCCUGUACCUGGACCGGAACCAGCUGCUGAGCUUCGAGGAGGGCGCCUUCGAGAACCUGACCAGCCUGAUCACACUCCACCUGAACAGCAACAACCUGACCACGCUGCCCCUCAGCGUUUUCCAGCCCGUCUACUUCCUGGGCCACCUGUACCUCUUCAAGAACCCCUGGGAGUGCGACUGCGCCCUGAACUGGCUCAAGCAGUGGAUGGAGAGCUACAAGCUGGUGCGGGACAUCCCGUGCGCCUCGCCGUCCUCCGUGGCGGGCCUGGACCUCAGCCAGGUGGUGUUCCCCACGGCGAACGGCACGUGCGUCGACCCCGCCGAGCUCAACCUGACCACGGCGUCCUCAGAGGUGCAGACCACCACGGAGAACCGCUUCAACAGCCUCAUCUCCAAGCUGCUGCAGCAGGAGCUCAGGGAGGAGAUGGGGAACGGGACCGAGGUCGCGCGCAACGCGACGCUGCCGGAGGAGGGCCAGCUGUCAGCGGGCGUUGGAGGCCGAGGGACGCAGGCGGUUCAAUCGCUGCUUUGCUUCAUGGUGACGUGGCUCUUCUGUGGUUUAUUCCACCUGCCACAUGCUAGUCUCUGUCUUCGCUGUACAUGAAGAAGAGGACGCUAGCGUCAAGAGUUUUAAUAUCGCUUCUGAGCUAAAAUGUGCUUUUAUUUCUCCCAGGAGGUCUGAAGGCUUGUUGCCCUUUGUAGGAGCCUCUGAGUCGGCUUUUGGAUGUUCCUCUCACCCAGGAACAUGUAGCACAUGGAAUACGAUACAGCAAGCACCGUUUCUAUUGGAGCUAAAAUCCUUGUGCUCAAUAUAUCCUGGACUUCAUGUUUUAUGGGGUAGUUUCAAAAAGUAUUCACCCCUGAUAGAGUUUUUCUCUUAUUGUAUACCUGUCACAUGCAGCCCUCCCUGAUGCCCGACGCGCAGGAAAAGACAGGCAGUUGUCAUGGUAGCGAUUAUGGUGUUCCGUCAGACCGUCAGUUCCAGAAAUCACAAAAUAAAGCUAUUGUGAAAACGGACACAAAGACACUACCACCUCUUUUAGGACGGCAGGAGGAUUAAAUGUUGGAGAUAAAAGCUAAACUGAGUAAAAACAAAAUGUUUUAAUAAAAGAGAAAAAAUAUCUUCAGGCUUCAUGUGAAUAAGUAAUUGCCUCAUAAGCAAUAAGGAGGCAUUUAUUGAUGAUGGCAAUGUCACCAAGUGUUUGCAAUACCUGGCAAAAUUAGAGUAAUUCAGCCAGAUUCUAGAGCUUUCGACCAAUAACAGCUUAUUUAAGGGGGCAGUACUAUGCAAUUUCCAGGCAUAUUGUGCUAUUUUAUAGAACUAUCAAGUAACUAUGUUACCUUUAGUCGUUAUUUUAUCACAUAUAACUUAUAAGAAAUCUUUCCUCCUAAUUUAGAGACUUGAAAUUGGGUCUGUCGCUUGAAAAACUCCUCCUCUCCCUGAAACUCUACCGCUAAUCAGCACAACAUGGCUCCUCUAUUAACCCUUUAUUAUUAUUUAUUGACAUUUUUACCAGUGAUACACUGAGUAGUAGCUCCUGUAAUGAGUUGAGCAGAUAUGCAAUUCCACCAGGUGUUUGCUAAUUGCUGCUGGCUAGUCUGAAGGAGUUGAGUGGGGGAGUCACUGGGGCGGGCUGCUCUGGGAGGCAGAAGCUCGGAAACUUAGAAACUGCAGCUCAGAGGAGGAGACUUGGCCUUGAAGGCGGAGCUAGGUCCACUCAGGCAUUUUGCACAGCUGAAUAGUUGCCAUGGAGAUUAAAGGAUUCCUCAAACAUGCAUGGAAAGCAUCAAAGCAACACUCCAGGUGUGUUUUUAACGAGGGAAUAAUAUAACACGAUGAAAAAAAGUUGAUUUUACAUAAUAAACUUUAAGGUUCUCCCAACAGAAUAUAGGUCCAAGCUUUGCCUAGACCCCUCCAAAAUGUUCCUGUUGCACAACCAGACGUUGUGCAACUUACUGACCUUUGUACUUAAGGUCAGUAAGUUGAUUUGCAGACAGUGUUCUCCAGGACCGUCCAGCCACAGACCAUCACACCACCUCCCCCGUGUUUGACUAUGCAUGAUGUUCUCUUUCUGAAAUGCCGGGUUAGGAGCAGGACACGCCACCCAGAAGCCUCUGGGACGAUCGAGGAGUUCAUCAUUUAAGAAAUUAUUUUAAAACUAACUUUAAAAAAAAAAACCUUACACAUUACAAUGUAAAUGUGAGUAGUUUAAAUAUAUAAGGGGAGAAAUACUUCUACACAGCACCGUCUAUACUUUUCCACGAAAGAAAUUUUUUUGCAGACGGAUAAAACCAAACCUACCUGUUAACAGGCACUUCUCUCUUGCAUAAGGCUCAGUUGGAAUUAAAGUGAUGCAAUAGUCUAUAACGAGUGCUUUCUGUUUUUUUUUCUUCUUUUUGUAUCUUCAUUGACAUCUGUGUGUAACAUUAAAGGAGAUAAGCGCUCCCGUCGUUAUCUCCUGGACAGAUGUCCUCUUUGCUCAUUCCUCUGCGCUCUGCCGCCGCAGCCUCUCCAUAAACGCAUUAAUCUUCUACUGUACGCUACGGCGGCCAGGAGGGACAUUCUCACUGCUUCUGCCUCCUGGGAUUAACUCUUUCCGAGUCUGGUGGGUUCAAGUCACAAUUGCCUGAAUGCGGAGUCGGAAAGACUGUCAUUAUUUUUGAUUAUGAAUCUUUAACAGCAUAACGCAGUGUUUGUUUUAUACACGGUGUUGUGUAUUUUCUAAUGCUUAAGGAUGUCAUUGUUUAACAUGAGCCACUGCUUUUCUCUC